UGCUAUUUACAUUCAGUCUGAAUCAAACAGGACCCAAACUAUGACCAAAUGGGGUGUGUCCUGGGACCUGUAAGUGGCUGAUCAAUGAGAAUCCGAGUGGUUUUGGUUUAAGGCCUGAUCCUUAAGAAAGAAAGCUAGUCCGUUAACCCCAAGAUAUCUUGGGAGGGUUCAGCAUGUAUUCAGGAUGGAACGGUAUCAGGGAAUGUUUUAGUGCUCAUUUUACAGAUGUGGAAACUGAGGCUUAGAAAGAAGGGACUUGCUUCAGCAUAUAUGAGUGGUAAGCAUCAGAAUCUGGAGAUGAAACCUGGUCCUUGGGCUCCAAAGACAUCACCACCAUGACUGAAGAUGAGAUGAAAGGAUCUAACCCCAAACUUCUGACGGUCCUGUUUCCAAGGUGUUAAUUUUCCAGGACAAUUCCCAACCUUCUCUGCUGCCCCCUCCUGGCCCUGUGGAACACUGCUGGGGGUAUUAAAGCUUGGCAGGAGGGGAGGGGGGUUGUACCUCCGCCCGAAAAGUGGGAGUAGGAAAUGCGGAUUAUCAGCUCUCCUCCGGACUAGACCCAGCGGGCUGGCUGUCCGUCAGCGGAGUAAAGAACCGAACAGGGAAAGAAAGUGCUCAGGACAGGGAAGCUGAAGGAAAAGGAGCCCACAGACAGCAGCAGCAGCAGCAGCAGCAGCAGCAGCAGCAGCAGCAGCAGCAGCAGCAGCAGGUAGAGCCCUUGGCUGCAGAGGCUUGCCAGGAACGCCUUAGAGAACCUGACUUGGGCCACCUUCUCUGCUUGAAGGCAGUAUUAUUCUCCCAGCCCGCGCCUCUCCGUCGAACUCUUCCAUUGGCUCCAAAGGUCUACUUUAGACACUUAACAAUGCCUGGUGGUUUGGAGAAGGCCUGUCAUCGAUGCAUAUCAAUGAUUGCAAGUAAUGCCUGCUUCAUAUUUGCUCUUCUGGCUUUUCUGGCCCUACCCUUGUCCAUGGCUUUCACAGGAAUGAAGUUUUUGGAGGAUUGCCCCAUCGAGCCACUCAUUCCCUUAUACUUGCUAGUGGGCGGAAUCAUUGGCAGCCUGAAGGUUUCUCUUCUGCUCUAUGACUCCACCAAGAUGAGACAGCUACUCUCCAAGUCUGUUGUGAUCGAUGACGAUGAUGAUGAUGAAUAUCCCUGGAGACAGAAUGCUCAUAAAUACUAUAUCCACCUCAUCCUCAGCCUCUUCCUCUUCAUCUGGUUCAUACUGGGCAACUACUGGGUCUUUUCCAUCUACCUGCCAAAUUUCAUUCCUCCAUUCCACCAGCCUCAAGAUUACUGUGAUAAAACCUUGUACCUCUUUGCUGUCAGUGUCUUGGUUAUAAGUCAUUCAGUGCUGUUCUUGCUCAUCUUUUGUAGCUGUUGCAUAUAUGUCUGUUCCAGGCAAAGGUUUACUAUUGAGGAAGACUAAUACACAGGUUUCAUUUCAAUGGAAAGACAAUAACCACACUCAUUCAGAAAAACAAUGAAGAAAUCAUGAAAAUGCCCUCAUGGAUACCUUCCAAAAGAGAAAGGAUUCUUGGGGUUUAUGAACCUGUUUUUUAAAAAUAUUUUAAUAGCUUUGUUUUAAUAUCAUUGGUUUCCUUUGCAGUUCUACAUAUUUUAUUUUAUUUUCUGUAUUUAAAAACAUUAUUCUGAGAGGGGGUCAUAAGCUUUACUAAACUUCCAAAAAGGCGCAUGAUCCAAAAAAUAAAAUUAGAACCUUUGUUCUAAACACACAUAUUGCUUUGGUAGGGACACCACUUCUUGUUCUCAUUUGCCAUCUUUUACACUCAGAAUUUCAUCCAUAAGGAAUUUUGCUUUGUUUUUUUUCUUGAGGUAGGGAUAGAAAGGAAAAGGGAAAGGGGAAAGAUUUUUCUUGUGGGAAGUAUUUACCUCACCUGGCUGUUGUGAAGCUCAAAUGAGAAAACCUAUAUAAAGCACUUUGCAACCUUUGAAAUUCCAUAAAAAUUCCAGUUAUUCUUAUAUCAUUCUCAUAUUUUAUUAUUCCUAUUAUUAGCAUCCAAAUAUACUGAUUGUCAGUCACUGCAACCACUCAGUGUUACAGGAUCCAAGGCCUGACUGGCUGGCUAUUUUAAAAUCCCAAGAGAAACUGAUAUCUGUGCUUUGAGAUACAAAGGCUGCUCUCUUAAUUAUCCUAGCCAUCCUUUGGAGGAAGAGAAAAGCACCAGUAGGUUUGCUCAAACAUUAUCUGACGCUGGAUAGUUGUCUGGCUGGGCAAGGUCUAUGUUAAAGUCCCCUUUCAGAUGGGAACCAUAUGACAUUCUUGCCUGGCUCAGAAUGCUGCCAUGAACAUGGGACAUGUUAGCUCAGUGCUGACAGAUGAAAGUCAAUUGGCCAAUGAGCAUUUAUUAAACACUUACUGUAUGUCAGGCACUUUUCUAAGCACUGGUAUAUCAAGAAAAACAAAAACAUAGUCCUUGUCUUCAAGAAGCUUACAUACUAAUAGAACAGAAUCAUUAUGAAUAGAAGGGUUUUCUUUUAAAAUAGAGUAUAUGAUAUUAUUGCAAAGCUAUUGACUUGGCUUUAAGUUUAUAUUUCUCCCUGCCUUCCAGUCUCUCCUACCUGUCCAGUAUUUAAUUUAUGAAAAUGUAGACAGUGGUGUCAAACUCACCUUGAAAUGGAUAUGUAUGUAUGUAUGUGCAUAUAUAUAUGUAUACACACACACAUACAUAUCUUUAGAUAUGGAUAUAUGAGGAUCCCUAAGGGUGCAUAUUGACUUAGAAAACCACAUACUAACACUGUCCAUGUUUUAUAGCAUUUCCCAAUUACAUUCCCAUAUGGUCUGGGCUGAUAGGUUGCCCAGAGACCAUAUGUCUGACCCUUCUAUUAUGGGCAGCCUUAGUGUAUCUGAGGCUGCUGUUCCAAGGUAUACUGAAUACCUUCUUAGCCUCCCAGAAGCUGAAUAUCAUUUUUAGCUCCAUUCUUUAGUUAUAUCUGAGGUUGAGUUGACCUUCUACUCAAGACAGCAGCUAAAAUAACACAGAUUUCUUUGGGUGUUUGUUUUCUUAAUGAAUAAGGCAGGAGAGCUGUUAGUUCCAUGAUUUAUAGAAAUAAAUCCUCCAAAGGAAAAGGACACAGAGUUAUAUUUGUAGGUAUACAAUCAGAUUUUUUCCUUCUAUUCCAAUCAGGUGCAUGAGCUGUAUAUAUGCAUGUUUUUAUGGUGCCUGUCUUGAAAAAUACUCUCCUUCUGGUGCUUUCUAAUCAAAACCAACAACAGAGUUGCAGUCAAUCUGGAGCACUGCCUUUCAGCAAAAACAUCUGGGUUAUUUAAAAAAGCAGAUUCCCUUCUAUAGUUUUGCAUUGAAAAGCUUCCAUGUUUCUCAUGGAGGCAUAUGCUUUAGUGUUUCUAAUAUCAUCCUGUGUACUGUAUUAUACAUUCAUGGGACUGAGAUGUGGAGAUGAUUUUGUUCAACCUGAGAUGUAAUUAAGCCCAACUCUCAUUUUGGAGAUAAAGAAAUGUCUACUGGACAAUAAGGGCAUUUCACAGAGACACAGACUUUCAGUGUCAAUCAACAAAUGUUUAUUAAGCUACCACUGUGUGCCAAACACUGUCCUAAGUUCUAGAGAUUCAAAAAAAGGCAAAUAGAGUCAAGAAACUCCCACUCUAACAGAAAAGACAACAUGCAAACAAUUAUAUAUGUAGCUUGUAAGUUACAUGUAGUUUAAAUGGAAAUAAUCAGCAGAGAGAAGGUGCUAGAUGCUCUCCAGUUUAUCAAUAUCCUCACUAAUAGGUAAUGCCUAGAACUAAAAAUACUACUUCGGAUGUCAGAUGUCAUCCAGUAGGGGCAAGUUAGUGAAACCAUCACCUUCAUGCUAAAUGUUCUAUGUCUCUAUUCAUGUAGUCUAAGAAGCUUUUUUGACUUCUUUAUCAUGCUGACUGAUUUUAAACUUAUACUACAAAAAACCUCCCUGAUCUUUUUUAUAGUCAUGCUCCCUCUGGUUUGUACUUGCCAAGUUGAUUUCUUGAAGCUAAGUGUGAGAAUUUAUAUUUAUCUCCAGUUUUAUCUUAUUAAAGUCUACCCAAGUUCAAGCCCAGGGAAUGGUAACUGACUCUUGGGCUAAAUCUGGCUCUUGCCUAUCUCAUGAAAGUGGUGGGCUGGAUUUGGACCUCAAGCAGUAAUAUUUGAGUCCUGUUUUGUCUAGAUCUAAUUAAUAGCAUCUAUAUUUUUUUGGAUCCUGAGCAUCCUCUAGUAUGUAAACUGUCCAUCCAAGUUUUUGUGUCUUCUGUAAAUACUAUAAGCUUACCAUCUAUGACUUUACUUAUUUCAUUGAUAAAGAUAUUCAGCAAAACCAAACCAUGAUGAGAUGUUCAAGAGAUGGCCUUGCAAGUUAACAUCCAAUCAUUUAUUAAUGGCUCAUCUUCAUGAAUUCAAAUCUAGUCUCAAAUAUUUACUUG